GUGGGAGACGUGGCAGGGCGCGGCGGCGACGCGGAGGUAGCUGGGAGUUGCAGUCCGAGGCGGCGCCGGCCGCGGCCUCCCUUCGUGUAUCCCUGGGACAGGAAAAGCCGGGAAGAGCUUUUUGUAGCUGAAGGAAAAUGAUGGAAGAGAGUGGGAUAGAGACGACUCCCCCUGGCACGCCCCCUCCAAGCACACCAGGGGAGGCUACUGCUGCUGCCACACCUGUCACAUUAGCUUUGUCCAGCCCCCUUGCCACAUCAAGCAUGCCAUCUUCUCCUACCUACUCACCACCCUUGCCAGCUGGAGCAUCCCCAGUUCCUCCUCCCAUGAUGACUUCAGCCUCUCUUCCACUUGUGCCUUCUGCAACAGUUUCUGCAAUUGCACCACCCCAAAGCCCUGUGCCACCUCCUGCUGCCCCUCCAGCUUUCAGCACCUCCAUGUCCCAGUUCUCUGCUCCUCCACUGAGCUCUGCUGCUGGCCCKGGUCUUCCUGCACCUCCCACUGGUCCCCCCAUUUCAGGAUUUUCCAUGUCUUCCACCUAUGAUAUCACCAGAGGUCACGCUGGUCGAGCACCUCAGAGCCCCCUGAUGCCUUCAUUUUCUGCACCUCCAGUCACAGGUGUUUUGGCAGAUCCCAUUACUCAACAGGCGACUUUCUCAUCAUCUUUGUCUCCUGGGACUGGUUCUGCAAUCACUUUUCCCGAGGAGCACGAAGAUCCCAGAGUGUCUACUGCCCAGAGUGGGGCACCUGCUGGAGGACUGUGGGGAUUUAUAAAGGGUGUAGCUGAGAAUCCCAUGGUGAAGUCUGUUCUUGAUAAAACCAAGCAUUCAGUGGAGACCAUGAUCACGACGCUGGAUCCUGGCAUGGUUCCAUAUAUCAGAACUGGGGGAGAACUGGACAUAGUGGUUACUUCUAAUAAAGAGGUGAAAGUUGCAGCAAUUCGGGAUGCCUUUCAAGAAGUCUUUGGUAUGGCUGUUGUGACUGGAGAGGCUGCACAGUCCAACAUUGCACCCCAGCCUGUGGGCUAUGCUGCAGGUUUAAAAGGAGCCCAGGAGAGGAUAGACAGCCUGCGCCGGACAGGAGUCAUCCAUGAGAAGCAGCCUGCUGUAUCAGUGGAAAGCUUCAUUGAGGAACUGCUUCCUGACAAGUGGUUUGACAUUGGAUGUCUGAUUAUUGAGGAUCCAAUUCAUGGAAUUCACCUGGAAGCAUUUACCCAAGCAACACCAGUGCCUUUGCAAUAUGUUCAGCAGGCCAAGAGUCUGACCCCUCAGGACUACAACCUGAGGUGGUCAGGCCUGCUGGUGACCGUGGGCGAGGUGCUGGAGAAGAAUGUGCUGAACGUGAACAGGACGGACUGGCACGCGGUGUUCACUGGCAUGUCCCGCCGGCAGAUGAUCUACAGCGCAGCCAAGGCCCUGGCAGGGAUGUACAAACAGCAGCUGCCCCCCAGGACCGUCUGACAGGGGUGACACCGUCACUCCAAGGAACGUUGGGUUUGGUUCUAGGAUUCAAGGGAAGGCCCUGCGUUCUGAUUCUCAGCAGCACAGAUUUGUAAUCUUAACUCUAAGCCGUUUCUCCUUGAGAAGUGAAGGUGAUUUCCAGGAGUGGAAGUGAGCAAUUGCAGUUUUUACCUAUUCUAUGAUUUCUGGUGUGAUUCACAAGAGCAAAUGUGUAUUUAUAMGUGGCACAGGCAGCGUUACAGUUUUUUAACUGGAAUGUGCUGUGAUGUGACACCUUACCAGGCAUUUGCUCAGAUAGUUAGUAUUCUUUCUAAAGGGGAUAUUUGUUUAGCUAUUUCUAUUAUAUUAGUAAUAUAAAUGUUGACAGCAUAACGUGUGUUAUAUAUGCAUUUCAAUCCAGAGAGACUACCUUCUGUAUUACAUGUGUUUUUCUGGGGCAUGUGUUAAGGGGAUACUUAACACCUCAUUGGUUUGGUGUCUGUAUAUAGUUCUCAGGAGAGAUGCCAAGUAGUCUCUACAGCACAUACAGUGAGCUGCUGAAGAAGAGCACAAAUCCAUGCCCUGUUAGCUGAAGUCAUUACUAAAUAAUUCUGAAUUCUCAUUUUCUAUGCUACAUCUUUCUGCUUUUUAUGUGACAAGUAAUGAAAUYUGUGGCCAGUUGAAGAACCAGAGACAAAAUUUAAAGUUGCUUCAGUGGGUUUUAGAUCAGGUGCGGCACUCGCCACAUGAAAUCAUCUCAGCAGUUUUAAUAACAUGAUUUACUCCAGUGCUUCCAAACUUCAUCUUUUACAUGUAAUUAUGUGAUUUUUUUCUAUGUAGUUACAGUUGUCAGUAAUUUGAUUAUGGAAAACAGUGAUGUAUGUUAUCACUUGCUUUGCUAUUCUGSGUUUUCUAAAUGCUUCUAAGUCUUAAAUACUUUCUUGAUGUCAUGAGCUCACUGUUUCUAUGUAAGUUUUCAGUGGUGUCUGAUUUUCUUCAUGGCUAUAAAUAUCCUCUCUCCACACUCACACAAUCUCAAGUCUUUACUCAGAAAAACGGAAGUAAUUGUGAAGAAAAUAUUUUGGUAAUAAUACUUUUUUAAGAAACAAAGAAUAAACAAAUACUUUUUGUUUGCCUUAAAGAAGCAGUUUUUCAGCUUAUAUCGCUCCGCCUUUACCUUUCUUAGAUGCUUUCAAAGAACAUUUUUGUAUACAAUAUACUGUUAAGCCAGCUCAUGUUUGUAUCCAGUGAAAGCCUGUCUAUUUCCAAGUAAUAUAUUUGGCCUUAAUUGGCUUACUCUGUAAAGCAGUUGAAUAAAUGUUUUCCCUAGAGAACUGCAUCUAUUUAAAGGCUUGGUUUUUAUUACAGAUGAUGAACAUUUCUUUUUGAAAUUGUAUUUACAGGGUGAGAAUUCAGGUUGCAGAUGGGUCACAUCCUUCAGUCUUGAGGUCUCUCAUUGGGGCAGCUUCUUUCUGUGUCAAACAGAAUUCAUUCAUUCAUAUCGUAAUUCAUUGUAUGUUGAAUGUUGUGCUUUUAUCCCCUGCUUGCAGCAUCCUCUGUGGUGCAAAAGAAGAGGACAUGAAGUCAUCAGUAGGUUUAGAGCCCUGUCAUCACUUAAAAUAAAAACGGAAGAGGAAUGACCAUUUUCUUUCUCCCUUUCCUGAGGAGGGUGAGAAAGAGUUGAGGAAGACUAUGUGGUCAAAUGAAAUGGUUUUCCUCUGGCUCAGUGAAGGUCUUGUGAUUUAUUUUUGACAGAUUCCAUAAGGAUUAAAAUGGUGUAGCUUUGCUUAAAACUGACAAUUCAUUCUCUCUUUGGGGGGCAUUAAUUGCCUAUGUGUUGAAAAAUAACAUCCUGACAUGAACACCAUGAGCUCAGCCUCUUCCCYGAGAGGCCAAGGGAAGGAAAAAUGUCUGGAGUAUGAUCUGGGAGGCUGAAAAAUCUGAAAUUGCUUCCUAUCUGGAGGCCUUUGUCACGGUCUGAGUUACAUAGAUGAAUUCUGAACUGAAUUAUGGUCAUAAUUGAGAUUUUCACCACCUCCAGGAUUGUGUUGUGGGCAGUAAUGGGAGAGGAAGCUCAACAGGUGAGACACCACCACCCUGAGUUAAAUGUAUGUUGAGAUCAUGUUAGAACAGCAGAGACAUUUUGGACAUCUAACUUUUGUUGCACAAAGACAAUUCUCAACUGUGACAUCACUGUAGGUGCAGCUGCAGAAGCUACAUUUGCUCCAAUAUGAGUGUCAGAAAAGGUCAAAAAAGCUACUGUAUGUAUCAGUUUUACACUGCCAUUUUUAAAUUAAGAAGAUCUGUGAGGUCAUUACAUGGAUGAUGUAAAAUUCUGGGAAAAGCCCAUUAACUCUGCACUUGCUGCUCCGUUUGUUGAGAAGUUACUGCUCUGUGCCUGGCCUCAGUUUUUCAUCACAGCACUGCUCAGAACAGUGUGGCUGUGUUAGAAAAAMCAUGGAUAUAAAUUGCUCACAGGUUUCUGUUGAAAUGAGAAUGAUAACUCGCACAACUACCCCAGGAUUUGCCCUAAGUGUCUGAAGGAAGGUUUUGAAAUGUAAUGAAGUUGAAAAGUUGCUUUUAUGGUCACCCUCACACGGGAUGAUCACCCUCUGUAGGGAUGAUUUUAGUCAGUGUUUCCCAAAUGGAAGAUUUCUGAAGGAGUUCUGURAGUAUAAACCUGUGAAAAUGAGAAUUUUUGUAACAAUUCCUAAAGAUACUUGUAAAAGUAUCUUUUUUCAUGAUAGUAUAAUGGGAAAUAAACUUUGCAGACAAAAGUAAGACACUGUCACUGAAUA